AUGAAUUUAUUUCUUCGUCGUUUAAUCGUUACUACCCCAAAAUGCUCGUCGUUUUUCUUACGGCGUCAUGUAGCUCAUUUUACAUUUUUCAAAGAUCAACCUGAUCCAUCUUAUGGUCCUACUAAAGAAAUGAAUCUAUGUCAAACAAUCCAAAAUACACUUGAUAUUACACUUGGCAAUGAUCAUACCGCUAUUAUAUUUGGUGAAGAUGUUGCUUUCGGUGGUGUUUUUCGAUGUACAACAGAAUUAAGAUCGAAAUAUGGUGCUGAUCGUGUGUUCAAUACACCACUAUGUGAACAAGGUAUUAUCGGGUUUGGAAUAGGUGCCGCUGUCGCUGGAACAACAGCUAUUGCUGAAAUACAAUUUGCUGAUUAUAUUUUCCCCGCUUAUGAUCAAAUUGUAAAUGAAGCAUCAAAGUAUCGAUAUCGCUCACAGAAUUUAUUUAAUUGUGGCAAAUUAACUAUUCGUUCACCAUGGGGCGCUGUAGGACAUGGUGCACUAUAUCAUUCACAAUCGCCUGAAGCACAAUUUAUGCAUACACCUGGUCUUAAAGUUGUCAUUCCACGUGGUGCUAUUGAAGCUAAAGGUUUACUUUUAUCAUGUAUUAAAGAUGAUAAUCCAUGUAUAUUCUUUGAACCAAAAAUACUUUAUCGAUCAGCUAAAGAAGAUGUUCCUAUAAAAGAAUAUACAAUUCCAUUAUCAAAAGCUCAAAUAAUACAUGAAGGAUCUGACGUAACACUUGUUUCAUGGGGUACACAAGUUCACGUACUUCGAGAAGUUGCACAAAUGGCGGCAAAAGAAAAUAUAUCAUGUGAAUUAAUUGAUUUACGAACUAUUUUACCAUGGGAUGUGGAUACAAUUUGUCAAUCAGUUAGUAAAACUGGAAGAUUAUUAAUAAGUCAUGAAGCACCCAUAACUGGUGGAGUUGGAGCAGAAAUAGCGGCAACAGUUUCUAAAGAAUGUUUCUUAAAUCUCGAAGCACCAAUAGAACGUGUUUGUGGUUAUGAUAUUCAUCCAAUUCCACAUGUUGAUAUUCCACUUGAUAUUCCUCGUUUUUCAAUUGAUCUUCAUCCAAUCGAUCGAUGGUCAACUAUAAUAUCGAAUUUUGUUCAACCUAUGCGUGAAUUUAAUGAUGAAACUCAUAAUCAUAUUCCUCGACCAUAUCAUGAUGAAUUCUAUUCAAUAGCUCGAGCAAUACCAAUGCCAUUAGCUGAUAUUGUUUCUAUUAAUCUUGUUUAUGAACUUCGUACCUAUUGUACAAGUUUACUUGUUCGUACAAUAAAUAAUACUAUUAUACACGGUCGAAAUCUUGAUUUUGAUUUUAAUACAGAUUUACUUCGUCCUGGUUCAAUUGGUUUAUUAACUAGUUUACAUCAAGGUUAUUUUAGUUUACGUAUUAAUCAACGACAAAUAAAUGAUAAACAUUGGUGGAUGAAUGUAUUAAUAUCUAUUUUACAUUUACAUUCAAUGCCUUUAUUUAUUUUUACACGUUUUAUUUUUGAUAAUCCAUAUAUGUCUUAUAACGAUAUGAAAUAUGCACUUGAAAAUCAACAUUUGAUUGCAUCCGUUUAUUUUAUUUUAACUGAUGGUCAAUCAUCAGAUCAUCCAUUAGAUGGUCUAAGACGAACAACAGCAAAAAAUAUUCUUCAAACAUUGAAUUUAACACAAAUGACAACAAAUAAUAUUUUUAAUAUUGUUUUAUCUGUUAUACCAGUACUUAAUAAAAUUACAAUUUAUACAGCUAUUAUGAAUCCUGGUGAAAAACAAGAGAUCUUUGCAAAAAUUCGUACAUUAAAAUAG